CUUACGAACUUGAGUCGCCUUUUGCCGCCGGAAUGUUUCGUAUUUCUUGGAGCAGCCAUACACUCCCAUCGUGUUAUCUCGUAUUUGCCGUGGUGGUGUAUUUUUCAAUGAUCUUUUAACUCUUUCUCCGCUUAUUCGUUCCACUUUCCAAUGGCUCCCGUGGGUCCUUGACUUGGAGUUUUUUUUUUAUGCCCCCGAUUUCAGAGUGGCGUGCGUGUUUCGAUGCGCUCUUGGCGCACAAGGAAGCACUUGGACAACUUUUUUCCUUGCGAUGACUUUGCAUGAAGAAACAUUCCCAGGACCUAUGGAAGAAGCUGACAUCGAUGUGGUUGGCGACGGAAGCAAAGAGUGUAGACUGCCAGUGCCUGAAACGGCGCCGAGGACAGCUGGUGCCGACCCGGGACUGUCCCCCAGAAGGAGCGCGUGCGACGCUGGCGAAUCGGAGGUCCAUUCCAGGGGCGAAUCGGCCAAAACGAACUCUUUAGUGAAACCGCCUUAUUCCUAUAUCGCCCUCAUAACGAUGGCCAUCCUUCAGAGCCCCAAGAAGAAGCUCACUCUCAGCGAGAUAUGCGAUUUCAUCAGCAGCCGUUUUCCUUAUUAUAAGGAGAAAUUUCCAGCGUGGCAGAAUUCGAUCAGGCACAACCUAUCAUUGAACGACUGCUUUGUCAAAAUGGCGAGGGAACCUGGUAACCCUGGAAAAGGUAACUACUGGACUCUCGACCCCAACUCCUCUGACAUGUUCGAGAACGGCAGCUUUCUGCGGCGGAGGAAACGUUUCAAGAGGCAACAGUUAAAGUUUGGUGUCCUGAAGGAUACGAGUGCCAGCGGCGCCCUGCCCAGUUUCACCUAUGGAUCUUACGGACUCGGUUCGGCAUGUCUGCAGCUGCCGGGGCUGGAUCUUUACCCCGUCGGGUUCCCCCCUUCGCACGGCCAGUGCUCGACGAACGUGCCUUCCCCUGCCUGCAGCGGGAUCUUACCGGCCCUCUCCACCCUCUUCUCCAGGGCACAGGCGAGCGCUGCUAAGAGCUUCUUACCGCAGCUCUCCAGUUUCGCAUCUCUAAAAAUGGACAACGGUGGGACCGCCUUGCAGCCUUUCCCCCUUGAGAGGAUUAGCGGCGGCGUUGGCUCUCCAACAACCUUCACGUCUCCUUUGGCUAACGGAGCCCAGCAGGUCCCUCCGUUCUUAUCAAAUGCGGUGCUCCAUCCGUCCGCUGCAGUCCCCCACCUUUACAGUUUACAUCAGGGGUACCAGGCGCUGCAAAGCUUACAGAGCAGCUCCGAGUUCACCAGCAGGCUUCUGCAGCAGCUGAGCAGCGUGAACAACUGUUAAAAAAAGCAGAAAAGCCGAAGGGAUUGUGCAUGGGAGUGGCGGGCGCAGAAACCUCAGGUAGGCGAUACCGACUGUGCCGUGAGUUCCUUCUCGAAGCGCGUUCACGCUCGGCGUCUCGUGAAACGUCAAAGCUAUAAGGCUUUAAAUAUUGCGGGGUCCUUUAAAGACUGUCAAAUCGCAAAACUUCUAUACCAUUUGAUCAACGGCCCCCUCAAAGAGAAGCACAGCUAUAGGACCCAACGCUUCAUGGCGUUUGCACUGCAAGAACUCCAAUGGAUUGCGAACUCGAGUGAGCUUCUUCAAGUCCGUCAGGGGGGGUUUGCGUGUUGAAGACCCCGUCCAGUAUGACGACUCCGUGAAAAAGUCACCGCAGUUCAAUGGUCGGAGAAAAGAAAAACGAAACCUCUAGGAACAAACUGAACUACCAGCCUGACGACGUUUGUGGUAACAUUUUGUCUACUGCUUAUUUUGUUAACAGGAAUUAAAAAAAUAAUGAUAAUAAAAGGUUCAUUUUAAUAUGCAGAAUGGUGGACGUUAAAGAUUUUCUUUUAAUCGUACAUAAAGAUUCCAUCACGACAUAAUUUACUUGUUAAAAUUGUUGGCAUAAACUGAGAUUGGAAUAAACUCACCAGUUCCCAUUUUACUAUUUUAUAGAUAAAUAAAUUAC